UUUGUACGGAACGGUAAACUUCUUUCCAUGAGUUGCUUUCUUUGCAUUGUAUUGUAAGUUUUCUUAGUCUUUUUCUCAAGUGUGCCAUUGUCAAGUUUAGUAUCCUAUCUAUUCCUAGUCAACUUUUCAGAUGAUGAUCCACUUUUUUUAUUUCCCCAUGUCUAAAGUACUAUCUAUGGGAGAAUAUUGGCCGUCGUCAAUUUCUCCUUGUUUUGGAAGCAUUCAUCAGCAUCUCUUAUAUUGUGCAAUUACGUGUAAAAUGUGGAACCUUUUACAUCAGGCAGACAUCUUUCAGCAGACAUCUUAGUUGUUUCCUUUAAAACUUAGAUACAGUAGAGCUACACGCUGGAAAUUUUUUGCUUGUUUUAAAAAAUAUAUAUUUGAAUUCAGCAUCAAGAUUUAUAAAAGCAUGCAAAUUUUUGAGUACGACUAGCUCUCUAUUAGUAGCCAAACUUUUGAUGUUUCGUGAAGAAAUGACCACACAAAUGAACCACAGUCAUAAUGUUUCGCUGCGGUUAAAUGUUAUGAUCAAACUCUCAGGGACCUUCUCCAAGAUCAUUUCAGUUUUGAUAUGAAUUAAAACAAUUUUCAUUGUAUGGAAAUCGUUUCAAUAUUUUUUACAUUGUUUCAUAAUUGUAUCAUAAAACGAAUUACAUGUUCCAUAUUUUAUUCGCGAAUCGAUUUUGUAUAAACUACGUAAAAAUGAAACGAUUAUGAAACGAUUUUGAAACGAUUAGAGAAAAUUCGGAAACAAUUUGAUACGAUUGUCAAAAUAUUAUUUGUGAUACGAUGUAAAAGUCUUUGUAGUUAUUGAAACGAAUUUUGAUGUUGAACUAAUUAAAAACCAACUAUAUAAACUAUAUAUAAAUGUAAAAUUAUUGUUUCUCUUUCUUUUAUUCAACACAACAUCGACAUCAUCAACAACAUCUUUUAUCAAAAAUAUCGUUAAACAGUUUUUUAAAACUAAAAAUAAACAGUUUUUCUUAAAAUUAACAAUUUUCCUUAAAAUGAAACUGACGAUAGUGAAUGGACAGUGAUUCGGAAACGGAACAUGUGACAAGGAGAAAGUUGAACAACUUUAUCGAGGUUACAAAAACUACUGGAGAAAUAGUUCUUUACAAAUAUUUAAAAGAAUCAGAGGAACAAGAAUCACUCGAAAACGUUAGUUUGACAGCAGCAACUAUCGAAAACGUCCAAUCUUCAAUGUCACCUGCUAUUAAUGAACCAAUAGUUGAAACAUCGGCUGGUAUUGAUGUUGACUUCUCAAGCUCUGAUGGCGGAAUGAGAAAUGUUUCUCUGGCAGCAACUAACGCGCUGAAUUCUCUAUAGUCCUCCUGUAAAAAAAUUGCCACUGAUUACAAGUAAUUGCGAUACAGACAUAGGAAGCUUAUUGAUGGAACUAUUAGCUGAAAUCUAAAACAUAAAGAACGAGUUAAUAGUCGUGAAAAAUGAUGUGCAAAAUUAAAGGGCGUCUUAUCAAACAUCGACGAAGAAGUGGAGACAUUGUUUGAGAAUACUAGGAAUAUUGAAAAAAACUUAAAAACAAAAAUUCAAAAACGCCUUAACAAUCACAACUUGCAGCUAAUUAGCAGAAAAAUCGAGAACCCUCAUUCACAGAGUUGGUAGUAUCGUCAAUUAAUUCUGAUGAAAGUGAAACGUAUUUGUGGAAAUCGAUACUAAGUCAAACGUCAGUGGAAGACAACCAUGCUUCGGAUAUUAAUUUCACUUCACCGAAUCAAAAUGUAUUUUUUAAUAAUACAUUUGAAAAUCCGGCUAUCUCUCUUGAAAGGCAAACUUUGACACCAUGUCUAAAGAAGAAAAGAGCUCUGGUUUUAUUAAAGCAGAAUUAGAGCGAAAAUAUUCCAAAAGUGAAUUGGCGCAUGGCAGCAUGGAGGGAGGGAAAAGAACCUAUGCUGGAGAAGUCAUAAAGAAAACAGCCCCCUCUCCAAAUCGACUAAAAACAAUACUUCACUGGCUAGAAAAAAUUUUAAAGACGAUUUUGAAACCAUUACAAAUAUGAACAAACUUGUUAAUUCAAAAUGUAGACAAAUAAAAAGAAGGGUUGAUGUCAAAAAAAUGUUGGAAGAAAAAGAAAACAAUGUAAUUAACGAAUAAAAUCAUUAACAUACCAUUAUUUUUGUAUAUGUUUUUUUAUAAAAAGUGUGUAAAUAGUGUUUAUGAUAUUUGAACAAAAAUUUAUUCUCUUU